AUCCCGGAACUAUGCAAACAAUUUUAUGAUUUAGGCUGGGUAACUGGAACUGGUGGUGGAAUCAGCAUAAAACUAGGGAAUGAAAUUUACAUUGCACCUUCUGGUGUACAAAAGGAAAGAAUUAAACCGGAUGAUCUUUUCAUUCAGGAUAUUAAUGGAGUAGACUUACAUUUGCCUGAUGUCAAUAAAAAAUUAACUAAAAGCCAGUGUACACCAUUAUUUAUGCUUGCAUACAGAAACCAUAAUGCGGGUGCUGUAAUACAUACACAUUCUUCUGCUGCAGUUUUAGUUACAUUAAAAUGUCCUGGAAAAGUUUUUAAAUGCACUCAUUUAGAAAUGAUAAAGGGUAUUUAUAGCUAUUCACUAAAAAGAAAUUUAAGAUAUGAUGAAGAAUUGUGUGUGCCUAUUAUUGAAAAUACACCAUUUGAAAAAGAUCUUGAAGAAUACUUGAAAGCUGCUAUGGAUGAAUAUCCUGGUACUUCAGCAGUGUUAGUUAGAAGGCAUGGACUAUAUGUUUGGGGUGAUACAUGGCAAAGAACAAAAGCAAUGACUGAAUGCUAUGAUUAUUUGUUUUCAUUGGCCGUAGAGAUGUGGAAAUUGGGUUUGGAACCAACAUCUAAACCCAAGCAAUUAACAGAAUGUUAAUAUAUUCUUAUCUAGUACUUCUCACUUUGAAUUCUUGUAAAUAAAUAUUUUGUAAUACAUGAAACUAUAUAAACAAAUAGAUUUUUAUAAGAUCAUGCUAGUAAUAUACAAAUACAGAUUG